UGUUGGUUCGGUUGGUUGUCGGUAAAUGUUGUGGUCAUCGUUUGAUUUUUACCUCAGUUAUUUCUGUGGUUGUUUCUAUUGGAAAUCCAUAUUUUUGAUUGAUAAAUUUAUACGCAUAUAUAGUUAUCGUUUCUCAAGAAAACAAUAUUAUUACUUACCCUCUGACCAACGGCCGCGGUGUAGUGUCGGAGUGGUGACGACGGGUCGAUUACUUCUCCCCUUGAAAUGGGCAGCGGUCUGUGCAGAAGGAAGGAUGGCGGGGCAUCGAGGGUUGACGGAUUGUACAGGAAGAUCAUUUUCAAUUACCCCAAACAGUGGAUGCGAUGUUCGAACAAACGUCCGAAGAGUGAUAAGAAAAACAAAAAACCUAAUAAGAAUAAGAGGAAGAAGCCGAUCAUCAGCGCACCGUUUCCGGCGGAUCCGGACCGGUUGGAAGGUGACAAGUGGCGGUACGUGAUAUUAACGCGGCUAGACACGGAAUCGCCGCCCGAGCGGCCGCCCCGGACCAAACGGCAUCGGCUGCAGGCGUCCGCGACCGUCGGCCGCCGGAGCUCGGCACAACGCAGGCGCCGGUCGUCGUGCGGUCGCGGUAGCGGCAGACGGCCACCGCGGCUCGGGCGACGGGCGGCUGGGCACUGUGGGCGCCAACAGGAGCAGCCGCUCUCCGCGGACCAGCUGACGGAUCUGGUGCUGAGGGUGUACCGUCACGGACGCGACCGCGGAACGGCGGAAUGGCAGCGGAACGGGGCAGCCGUACCGGAAGCGAGGGACGAGGUGGACUCGGGGGGACCGCGCGAUCGACUAGCAGAAUCAGGGACGGCGGAAUGCGAGAGAGUGUUACCGGUGAUGGCGGUCGAAAGGCCCACGUCACCAUGGGCCUGGUGGCUGUGUCCUGCUACUGAGGGCUGCAAAGGUCCGUUCGAUCGUCCGAUCGUUUGUCAUCGUUACCGGCAAAACGGUUUCUUCGGCUCCGUCGGCCGCGCUAGAGCAAUGGCCGACGGUCUGUUGUCGCUGUGAUCACGCGGUAACGACGUAGGCGUAGUACACCUAUACGUUUAUCUAUAUAUAUAUCAUUAUACAUACAGUGGAGUACACCGAAAUCCGAAUAGUGGUAACAGGCCCAAACCGCAGGUAUACCUACCACCCGUCGAACGGUUGACCACAUUUUAAUAUGACGGUGCAACGCUCCCGUCGACCACGGCAGAGUUAAGGGACAUAAUUGACGUUUUAUCGAGGAUUCAGGUCUGGAAUUUCGGUGGUGCAGGGACGCUACAAUGCCCCUAAAACCCUUCGUAACUGCGUUCCUAUCCAUGGGUUAAGGUUUUAAGGUGCUGAUUGUCCGUCUCGUAUCAAACGUUGAAACGCUUUGGUAUACUUCGAAAUAAAGAGUAGAACAGCCGAUUUCAAUUGUCUACAUUUAAGAGUUAUAGAAUUUACCUUCUUGGACGUCCAUUGGUCCUCUGAAUAAAUGGUUGGUAGCUGCUAACUCUUCUGUGUGCUUCUGCAUAAGUGUAGCAUUAAUAAUCGCUGCAAACGAAUUACGUCCCAAGAUUCCUUUUUCAUAUGAAUUGCGUCCCGAUAAUAUUUAACAACUAUAUUAAUUGCAUCCGUUAUAAAUACAUUACUUUCCUUCCCAUUUAAUACAGACUUAGGACU